GCCUGCGUGUCGCUACGCGCCGGUGAUUUCCACGUCCAACAUGAGGCUCUGCGUCGUGGUGUUGCUGUUAGGCGUGGCUCCUGCCGUUCUGGCUCGCUACUUCCAGUACAUGGACAAAUUCAAGGACAUGAAGGACGACGAUGUCAUCGCCUGUAUGGCGGAAGGACAGCUGGACAGGUGCAGCGACGUGCUGCGUGAACUCAGGGACAAAUUUUCUGAGAUAGCUGCAACCAAUUGCGCGAAAUGCGAUGCUGUGGAGAAGGACGAGCUAUUCAAGUAUUUCGUAAGAUUCAGCCACCGCUACGCCGACGCGAGCAAGAAAAUCCAGGAUAGAUACGAUCCCACCAGAGAGUACAGGAAGAAGUUUGGAGAAUACUGGACCAAGAAGGGCAUCGUUUUGUACUGAGAACUCCCGACCAACUCUAUGUCACUUUUGUAUAAUGCUGAUGCUCA